GUUUGAAUAGGAUCCUCAAACCUGGCAGUGGCAGGGGCGCACUGUAGUUGAAGGAAACUGGAGAUUCCUACUAUAGCCGUCUACGUCAACCGAUAACCUCCGACUCAUUUUGUCUUUCAGGAUUAGGCUUUAUCAGGGAGACCCAGGUUUGAGGAUUUUCCUUGUUGGCGAUAAGAAGAGAGAACUUUUCCAUGACAGCUUGCUGUGCAUAAGUGAGGUGCUUUUUUAAAUUUCCGAGCAAUCAGUAGCAUUCACUUUGGUGCUGGGCUAUAAACUAACCAAUGGCGACUGAGGGGGGCCAAGAUGGACAGCGUCAGGAAAAAGUUGUCUUGAAGAGGAAGUUGACCGGUCCACCCAGACUCCUCCUGGGCAAAUCGAAAUCCAAGAACCAGGGAGGUGACAGGUCUGAGGCUCAUACUAAGAAGAGAAACAAAAGAGUGAACAUCAACAAUGGAACUCAGAUGGAUUCCUCCACCAAACAGUCAAAUAUAGAAGCUGGAGAGACGGGAUCAUCGCAACUUGUAGUCACUUCAGACGACCUCCACAUGACCUCAAAAAUGGACGAGGAACAAGCUUCAUCUGAAGUACCCACUGAGCCCUCAAGGUGGCACUCCACCUCAGAUGAGGAUGAGACCAGUGAAGGCCAAUUGGAAGGACACAGUAAGACGAGGAAAUCAACAAAGCAUGGCUGGAGAAGGUUGUUUUCCCCGGCUCUCAUUUGCAUCAGAAGACAAAGGAAGAAGUACGCUGCAAAAACUUCAAUCCAGGAUGGUGACCAGGGAGUUGUACGAGCUGAGAGACUAACUCAUACUGAAGCAAAGUCAACCGGAGAAGACACCAUCUCCUUGAGUGACAAGUGUGUUCGCGAUGCUCCUGACAUCGACAAUGUCAUGAAAAGGAGGCGCAGGUUUACCAUCCGGACGUGGCCGACAUUCAAGCGGCUCUUGACAGCUUCUUAUGUCCGAGGCCAAAGGCCAAAACAGGGAAAUGUUGUACAGGAGGUCUCUGAAGACGUCCAACAACAACCGUCAGUGACCUUCAGGAAGACAUUUCAGCAUUUUUUGAUGUGUGGAAGAAGGGCACCUUCAGCUGUGCCUCCUCUGGGAGACAAGGACACCCAGGACCCUGGAGACAAGGACACCCAGGACACCAGAGACAAGGAGACUGAGGUGGAGCCAAUGGGGACACAAGACAGGGGACAACAGUGCACAUCUGAUGUCCAGGGGGUUGAGCUUCUGGAAGAGGGGGCUGAGGUCAGAGGACAAUGUACAGAGAGAGUGACAGUGUGUGCUGAAGUGAGCACCCUGCAGUCCGAGGACGGAGGCCCAACAGACACCCCAACGAGCCCAGAGUCCCUACUAGAGAGUCCCAUCCCGACAACAGUAGUAAGACCAGCGGUAGAUACAGAAGACACAGAGACCAGUCCAAUGGGUGAUUCAAAGGAAACAGAGAUAUUGGAACCUGAGACUAUUACUAAAACUGGUACCGAAUUAUUGGAAACUGAGACUUCUUUCAAAACGAAGUUAUGGGAAACGGAGACUUCUACCAAAACUGGCACAGACUCAAUCCUCAGUGAGGUCAUCAAUGUUACCGUGGAUACUAACGAGAUGCAAGUAGAUGAACUGUAUCAUAUCCAGUGUUUAGAGAAGAACAAGGUCAUUGAGUCAGACUGUGCAAUAAUCGAUACAGUCAACAGCGUUGCCAUGGACACUAAUGAGUAUCCCUCAGACUCAAAUCAGAUAAUUUCUUCAGAGAAUGCUGCAGAGGACACUGCUGAUGCAUCUGAGGAGAAUGACACGCUCUGCAGGAUCACGGAAGAUAACAUCGUGCAGAAUGGCCAGCCCUUGACCAACAUCAGCAUCAUCCCCGGGGCUGACUUGGACCAGGAUGUAUCCGACCAGGAUGGCCAUGAGGUGGGGGAUGAAAGCAGCGAGAGUGGCCUCCCGACGGAGGGCCACCGGGACUUGUUGUUGUGUGGAGAGAGCCUGCUAGUGCAGACGGCUCGCUUCUUGGUCCAGGCAGCCAUGAGCGCUGCCAUAGAUCAGCUCUCAAUGGAACAGAGAGGCACUCCCACCACUGUCCACAGGGGGGCGCAAGGGUGUCAAGAUUACGCUUGACACCUCUUUCGGCAUGUUGUGACAGCAUGUAUGUAAGACCCCAUUUGGAUUAGCAGAGUUGCGUUCAUUACGGCAUACAACGGAAAAUGUUGUAAAACAUUUUACAACAGAAAAUUAAAUGAGAGUUUCUUAUUGGACCAGUAGUUUCUGUUUCAAUCCGUUUUCUUCUGUUUGGUGUCUAAUGAACACGAACCAGGAUUAUUGAGAAAAUAUAUUUCAGCAUACAUCUGUAAACCACUUUACGACUUGUUGUUAACAGACCAAAUUGCUGCUGUUUGUAUAAAUCUAAACUGCCAGAGAACCGUAUUGACACAAUCUAUUUUUACAAUCAAUCUCUUAUAUUGUACAAGAGGUGGCACUCAAUUUGAACAAUUACCAUCACAAACAUUUUAACUGUUCAGCGUGUCUGUGUUUUGAAAAUGGUGGAACUAAGGGCUCUAUUCAAUCUAUAUCGCAGAAAUUCAGCGUUACUGCGUGAUUGAAAUUUAAAGGCAAUGUUCCCGCGUUAGCGGAGGCUGCAUUCUCGGUAAACGCUGCAUAUGUCAGCU